CUACCAUUCUCUUGCCAGUCUCCUCUGUUCAUCAUGGAAAGUGAUCAUCGUGAUCGAGCACCAUCACCACCACCUCAAGAAAGAGGUGACGAACAUGAUCUUCUCACUUGGCUCUUAAACAACCCGCUGCAGGCCUUCGCGCUGCUCUUCCUCACCUUUAACGUGGCCGUCUCCGCCCGCACGUCCCUCGGCGACCCCUCCACGCUGUCCUUCGUGCUGUUCUCCUACGUCGACCUACUCCUGCUCUUCUUCCUCCUCAGGAAGUUCGAGCAGCUCGGCCCCGGCGACUCGCCGGAGAAGAGAAGGCGGAUGAAGGCGGCCGUGUGGCUGCUGACCGCCGCGCUGGUACUUGGUUUCAGCUGGAGAGUUGCCGGAAUCAUGCCGUGGGGCUUGGCCGCUGUGGUCUGGGUCAUGGGAGGCUCGGUCAUCGUUGCUGGCUUCUAUGGCCUCUUCCUGCACAAGGAACAUAUGUAGAGGAGACGAACUCCGUUUCCGGCGACUGAACCAUUGUAUACCGUCCUGCAGUUAUCUCAUCAGUCACCAUAGUAAUUCCAUA